GAAACUUCAAGCCGCGACAGAAAACCAUUCGGUAGGGGAAGGAGAUCCGACCGCGCAAGGCCGCCGGAAGGGACGAUGGCGCCACCACCCCCGUCGGCGACGGCGACGGCGACCCGGUGGCGCGCGGCCACGGCGCUCCUCGUGCUCUCCCUCCUCGCCGCCCCAUCGUCGGCCAUCUACUGCGACGAGGACGACUGUUACGAUCUCCUGGGGGUCUCGCAGAGUGCGAACGCUUCCGAGAUCAAGAGGGCUUACUACAAACUCUCCUUGAAACACCAUCCUGAUAAGAACCCCGAUCCGGAGUCGAGGAAGGUGUUCGUGAAGAUAGCCAAUGCUUACGAGAUUUUGAAAGAUGAGGCGACUCGCGGGCAAUAUGAUUAUGCUAUUGCGCAUCCAGAGGAGGUAUUCUACAAUACAGCAAGAUACUAUCAGGCAUAUUAUGGUCAUAAAACAGAUCCUCGUGCUGUCCUUGUCGGCCUCCUUUUUAUUCUUUCAGGAUUUCAAUAUUUGAACCAGUGUACAACGUACAACCAGGCUGUAGCCAUGGUAAAAAAGACUCCAGCAUACAAAAACAGACUUCGAGCUUUGGAACUGGAACGUAGUGGAGGAGUGACAAAUAAGAAAAAGAAUCAGAAACAAAUGGACAAAAAAGUGGAGGAAGAACUCAGCAAAGAACUUGAAUUAGAAAUAAAGGGGACUGAGAAACCCUCUUUGUGGAACCUUCUCGGAGUGCGUUUCAUACUCCUACCUUACACAAUUGUCAAGCUAUUAGUGUGGUAUGGAUGUUGGUUUUGGAGGUACAAGGUGAAACGGGCUCCAUAUUCUUGGGAAGAUGCUGCUUACCUCACACAGAGAGCACUUAGCGUUCCCGUUGAUGCCUGGAGCAAUAUAGAUGAAUUGACCAAAGAAGAUCUGAUCAAAAGACGUCUAUGGAACAAGUCGAACUUGGAUAGCUACUUCACAGAGAUGAGAAAAGGAUACAAGCGCAGAAGAUAGCGGAAUUUUUUUGGUUCCCAUAUGAGCGAUGACUCGGUUUAGAAAAGAUUGACAAAUAGAAACCCAGUUAAACCGCAGUUGUUACCUUGAAAUUGCAGGAUCUGCCAAGGCAGAAUUCCUCUUUUCUUAUGACAAACUGCGCGAGUUAUUACAAUCUUUGAUGGAUAUUAGGAACAAAGAUAAUUUAUAUGUAUCGAGGGUUAUUUUGCUUGUAUUUGGUGUACAUCCAUAGCUUGAGUUUGCAGUUUCUAUGAGAAAGUUCAAGCUGCCUCGGUGGUUCUUGUGUUCGGGGAAGAAGGGGUUUGAGAAUGGUGAAUGACGUGUAGUUCGUUUAUAAUAUUGCUAUAUGAGAAUUUACUUGUCGAGUUUUUUAUAA